AUGGCUUCGACCUUCCCCCCGCCGCCUGCGGGUGCGCGCCUUGCCCGUCCAGCACGGCGCGAGUCGACCGGCAUCGCCUCGCUCGCCGAGAUCAUGGCCGACGUCUCGUCCCCGUCCGCCUCGCACGGCGCCGACACGACGCCGCGCGCACCGCAGAGCCACUUCUUCCCGUCCGUGUCGCGCGCUCAGCGCGACCUCGCCCGCCAGGCUCGACUCGCCGCCGCCUCGCCCGAGCCCGUCACCUCGUCGACCCCGCCGGCGCCCUCUCCACCGCCGCCAGAGCACCACCAGCUCGGGCCGGGCAAGAUCCGCGGCAUCGAGGCGCUCCUGAGCGCGGCGGGCGGCGCAGGACACGCCGGCGGCGGCGGCCCAGGCGAGCAGGACGACGUGCGGCGGGACCGUGGUCGGGAGCGGCACGAGCUAGGCCCGAGCGGGCCUUUCGCCGCUCGCCGCCCGUCGUAUGCCUCGUCGCAGCACUCGUUCGUCUCGGCGGCGCCGUCCAAGGCGGCCUCGGCCGACGACGACGACGACGAGCGGAGGGGGGUCGGUGCAGGCGGGAGCGGCGGCACCAAGCGGCGGCGCGACGUCGACCGCACCGGGUGGGACGCCGCGAGCGACCUCAUGCGCGACGACGACGACGAGAUGGACGAGCGGCACGGCGAGGGCAGCCGGCGGGACCGAGGCGGCGCCGACCGCGAGAAGACGCCGACGCCCAACCUCGGGCGCGCUCACGAUCCCGCCGUCGGCGGCCGCGGCGUCUCGUUCCACCACGGCGACGGCCCAUCGAGGAGCCGGUACGACAGCUCGGCCUCGCCGGGCGUGUCGCCGGGCGCGUCGUCCAAGCCCGGGUCGGUCGCCUCGGUCGACCGCGACGACGACGCCGUCAUGGACGACGACGCGUCCAUCAUGACGAGCCGCACGGGCGCGACGACGGGCGCCAUGGCCGACGACGACGACGACGGCAAGGAGCCGGCCAAGAAGCGCAGCAGGACGCUCACGACGCCGGCGCAGACGGCCGUUCUCAACGCCCUCUUGGCCAAGACCCGUUUUCCUUCGACCGAGACGCGCGAGGAGGUGGGCAAGCAGAUUGGCAUGAGCGCUCGGCGGGUGCAGAUCUGGUUCCAGAACCGUCGCCAGUCGCAGAAGCGCCAACGCGACCGCGAGGCGCAGGAGGCCGUCGCUGCCUCGGCCGCUCAAGCCGCAGCCAUGGCGGCCGGGCACCACCACGCCGUGUACGGCGCGCACCCGCAGAUGGCGUACGGCGUCGACAGCUACGGUCGACCGGCCCACUUCUACCAGGCCGUCCAGCACAAGCCGCCGGGCCCGAUGCAUGCCGGGUACCCUCCUCGGCCCGGCGUCCCUCGCCACCCGUCGAUGGAGUCGCUCUCGUCGACCCGGUCGGGCUACGCGCCGAGCCAGCGCAGCAUGCACUCGUUGCACGGCCGCGAGACGAUGGCGCCGCACCCGUCCGACCAGCGCCACGCCCACCCGUACGCCAACAGCGGCGCAGCGGCGUACGCCGCCUACGGCCAGCAGCAGCAGCAGCAGCAGCACCCGAGCGCGUACCCGCCGCACCUCCAGUCGCAGCAGACGGCGCAGUACCUCCAGCACCAGCACCAGCAGCACCAGCAGGCGCACCUCCUCCCGCCCAAGCUCUACUUCCCCUCGAUCCCGCGCUCGCACGCGCCCUCGGGCCGCGUCGUCGCCGACCCGUAUCGGCCGCCGCCGCCGCAGCCGAUGAGCCCGUCAGCACCGACUCACGGCGCCGGGCCCGACGGCCGGCUCCCGUCGCUGUCGUCGGUCCUGCAGAACGGCGCUCCCUCGGCAGCAGAGCCGGCGCCGCAUGCCGCCAUGCAUGCCUCGUCGGCCGCAGGGCAUCAGCCCAUGUUCAGCCACUCGCCGUUCUCGCCGUCGACGCCGGCCUAUCAGUCGAUGCCGCAGGUCGGCGCCGCAGCCCGUCCGCAAGGGCCGGCGCCGCCGACUUUCGCGCGCUCGCUCUUCUCGCCCGAGCCGUCGAGCUCGUUCGAGCGCCUGCGCAUCUCGGGCGGGCCGAUGUCGCCUGUCGCCGACGCCGCACCGCCACCUUUCCCUUCCUCCUCGUCGACCACCUCGUCCGCCACGCCGACGCCGACGCUCGAGCGCGGGCAGCAGGACGUUCUCGACGUCGCGAUGGACCGCAUGGCGUACCGCUCCCGUGGCGGCGCCCUGCCGGCGCGGCAGACGCUCCCGCCGCUGCGAGCCGUCUUUGGCGACCCGGUCAUCAACUCGAGCCGGGCCAAGAAGGGCGGUCCGAGCGAGGCCGACAAGGCGCUCCUCGCGCCCAUCCGCGUCGGCAGCCUCUCGUCUGCGCCCGGGUCCGCCGACGGCCCGCCACGGCUCGCCCCGAUCUCGACGUUCGCCCCGCUCGCCGCCAACUCGUCGUCGCCCGUCUCGCCGCACCGCCAAGUCGCCCUCCCCUCGCCCGGCGCCCUCUCGCCGCACAACGCUGCCGGCGUGCCGCCAACAUCUCGCGCAUCGACCUGGAGCGACGCCUCGCACGCGACGCGCUCGAGCGCCGCGAGCUUCGAGUUCGGCGCGCCGCCGCCCGGGUCGUACCGCUCUGAGCGGUCGUCGCUCGCGCACGGCGGCGGGAGCACCGAGCGGCCUCUGCCGCCUGCGCCGCUCGAGGCCGGCGAGCCCAAAGGAGGGCGCGGUGAGGGCGAGGGGAGCGACGGGAGCGUCGAGACGCACGAGACGAGCGCGGCGCCGAGCGUGAGCAGCGAGGGAGGGGCCGGCGUCAAGGCGUGA